ACCACACACACACACACUUGUCAGCACGACUUUCCGAAAAUCAGCCGUUUCGCAUUGUUUACAAUUACGCUAAAUAAGCAAACAUCCAUCCACGGAAUAUUAUCACAGUUUUCCUUCUUUUUCACAACAUAUUUUUCAACAUAAUUUAAGUGGGGCGAUAUAGAAAACACCGUUCACCUUUCGUUUGAAUGGCUGGUGCAUUUAUAUCACCAGUGAGUUGAAAACCAAGAUGGAACAUAUAAAAGUUACGGCAAACUUUUCCAACAGUUGUUUCUACGAUGAAAACCACAAGAUACGCUUUGAUCCUCCAGUGUACGAGCAGCGAUACGGGACCAUUCUACGGCUGCUCGAGCUGGAUUAUUGGAAAGAUUCGUUCAAGAAGAUCGUCGAGUUUGGCUGCGCGGAAAUGAAAUUCUUUCGACUGUUACGUUCACUGCCAGCGGUCGAGAAAAUCCUAGAGGUUGAUAUAGACGAAAAGAUUUUACACCAAAGUCGAAACCUGGUGCGGCCACUGCUUAGCGACUACCUGUCACCACCGGUCAAGCCGCUCACGGUGGAAGUAUGGCGCGGAAACAUUGCCGAACCUCACGAAUGUCUCGCUGGGACGGACGUAGUAAUAGGAAUCGAAAUUAUCGAACAUCUGCAUCAACCGGUCCUGGACAGGGUGCCCGAGAAUGUGUUCGGUUUCAUCAAACCCAAGGUGGCACUGUUCUCCACACCGAAUUCCGAGUACAACGUACUGUUUGACGGGUUGCUCGCAAACGGGUUCCGCCAUCCUGACCACAAGUUCGAGUGGAGUCGGGGUCAGUUUGAGGAAUGGGCCGAAUCGAUCUGUCAACGGUAUCCCGAGUACGGGGUGAAGUACUUUGGCAUUGGGCCUGCUCCGGUCGGUUCCGAGACGGUUGGCUGUGUGAGCCAGAUGGCGGUCUUUGUGCGGCGCGACUUUCUCGACAGUCUUCCACAGCCUGCAGAAUCGAGAACGGGUGCGGAGGAGGUGGAGAUCUCCGGCGCCAACGAGUCGAACGAGGUUGAUCAACGGCCGGGAGGUGGUGUGGCGCCGACGCGUUCCAAUGCGAUGUACUUGGAAGAAAAUGGAGAAAUUGUUCUAGUUCAACCGCUAUCGGAAGAGGCCGCUUCAGAGGCACAAGCAGGUGAAGAACCUGCCGGUCACCGUUGUGACGCUGACGAUAUCGUGGCUGAGGAGCGAUACAGAGAAUUCAACGACGUCCUUGAUGAUCUCGGCGAUAAGGAUGAUGAGUGUGGAGGGUAUGGCGACGAAGGUGACGACGAGCACGAUGGUGGCGAGGAUGGCGUCACGUUCGAUAUGUACAUCCCGGAGGAGGAAGCCCGUGCAAUGCGCACCCGCAACGAUAGCGGUAACUUCGAGGAGGAAGAACUGGCCGAACCGGGCCGCGAGUAUUGGUUGAUUUUGAGCGAAGUGUACCCGGUGGCGGCACCUGACAAUCGUACGCGCGAACAACACAUUCAAGAUGCGGCCGAGUAUCAGCUCCGCCGGAUGCGUAACUUUGGGGAAGAUUUCCUUGCACCGGAGCAGGAUCGCUACCUUAUACCGGUGCGCACCGUACUGGACUGCAUGAACAUGGAGCUGGCAAGUAUCGAGGAGGUACGGCAAGCGUUGCUGCGAGCGGGUUAUAAUAUCGGUGCGGACGAUACGGUCGUAUUGCCGCUAGAGGAUGAGGAUGGCGAGUACGAUUCGGACGAGGAUCGGUUCGGCGAUCACGAUGCGGAUUUCGAUGACCGGUAUCCAACGUGGGAUGAGACGGAGGAGGCGACGGCUAGCAAAGGAGUUGUGGCCAUGACGCUGGAAGAUUGUGACGAGACCUGGGACUGAAGGGAUGGUAAAGGGACUUUCAGGUCGUGAAAACUGAUCACUCGAUCGAAUACAAUGCAAUGAGAGGAAAGUUGUGUAAGGGAAAGCUUUCUGCAGCUU